AACAACCUCAAGGUUUUACCGGGGUUUGCGUCUCAAGAUGAGGUCAAGGAGAUGAAAGGAAGAAUGCAACAGCUCAUCGACCAAUGGGACCCAGAGGAGGCGAGAGGCUCAGUGUUCCACACGUACGGCAACGACAAACUCAAUCAGGAGUAUUUUUUGGGCUCGGCGUCCACGGUCAGGUUCUUCUUGGAAGCCGAGGCAGUGAAGGACACUGGGGUCGUAAAGCCGUUCAACAACAAGGCGAGCAUCAUCAACAAAGUUGGUCACGGUCUGCAUUUCAUCGAUCCCGUCUUUCGCCAGUACGCGCAGUCAGAUAAGGUGAAGGCCUUGGUGAAGAGCCUUGGCUACAAGGAUCCUGUACUGCCGCAAUCGAUGUACAUCUUCAAACAAGCCAAGAUAGGAGGAGAAGUUACGUCGCAUCAGGACUCAACAUACCUGUUCACCGAGCCAGUGCAGACGUGUCUUGGCUUGUGGCUAGCAUUGGACGAAGCAGACGAACUGAAUGGAUGCCUUUGGGCACGCAAAGGCUCUCACCGGCAUGAAGAGGCAAAGAAAUGGGUUGGGAAAGUUCCUGGAGGAAAUCCGCACUACUCGCAAGAGACUGUUGAGGCGCUCAAAAAGGCAGGAUUUGUUUCUCUUCCGGUGAAGGCUGGCGACUUGGUUUGCUUUGCUGGAACUCUGGACCAUCUGUCAUUAUCAAACCGCACUGAGCGCGAGCGUCACACAUUCCAGUUACAUCUUGUUGAGGGCCCUGCAGCUGGUGUGAAGUGGGCUAGCAGUAAUUGGAUGCAAUAUCCAGAAGGUAACACAGGAUCUCUAUAG